CUCAACCAUACCUUAACUUGACAAUGUUGACAAUAGUCUAUAAACACUAAUAAAAGAAGUAUACUCCACUUUUUAAUUAAUUCAAGUAAACUGUUUUAUCAUAUUUAUUAAGCAACUAGAAUUUAAAGAGAUGAUAUAUAAACGUUUCCUGGUGCUUUUGAAAAAUACUAAUUAUUCAAGAGUUACGAAAAGAAACAUAACAUUUACUGAAGAAUCAGAGAGACAGUCAAAUUUAUUCCGGCUAGAAAAAGUACGUCAAAAAGAAUCUGUAGGUCGAAUUGAGAAAAUUGAAGUACAGUAUGCAGGACCCCCAAAUGAAACCACUCUUAUUAUGAACAAAAACAUUUCAACUCCUUAUGACUGUGCUAAACACUUGGGAGAGAUGUUAGUAAAUCGCUCAGCUGUAGCUCUAGUCAAUGGUGAAACUUUAUGGCAUAUGCAUCGUCCAUUGGUAGAUUCUUGUAAAUUGGAGUUGUUACACUAUAAAAUGGCUCAACCUUCUUUAGUCAACAAAGCAUUUUGGAGAACAUGUAGUUUCCUGUUAGGAGCCGUUGCUGUAAAUUCUUUUAAAGAUCAAGUUAAGGUGUGCUUACACAGCUUUCCUAGCCCUAAUGUUCGAUCUGGAAGUUUUGUCUAUGAUGUGCAAUUAUCUCUGAAAGAUUGGAAGCCAGAAAAGAAUGAAUUGAAGACACUUAGUAUAGAAUUUAUAAAAUUUUGCCAACAGAAUCAUCAAAUAGAAUGUUUAGAGGUUUCUGAAGACUAUGCUCAACUUAUUUUUAAAAAUAACCCUCACAAAAGCAAACAAAUACCAGAUAUAGCUGCAAAUAAUAAUGGAAAAGUACCACUUUUUAAAGCAGGACUUCAUGUGGAUAUAUCAAGAGGUCCUAUGAUAACAAAUACAAAUCAUCUUGGAAGGAUAACAGUAACCAAUGUGAUUAAAUUAGAGACGGAUAUUCCAGGAGACCCAAUAUAUAGAUUUCAAGGAGUGGCUUUACCUCAUAGUAUAAUACUGAACCAUUUUGCAUAUGGUUUAAUUGAGGAAAGGGCACGAAAACUGAACACUGGUAGAAUACCAGCCAUUAAUCAGGACUUGUCUAUUGAUUAUGGAAGCUUUGUUAAACCCCAAGUUGUUGUUUAAUGUAUUAAGACCGUUUUUUUUUUUUUUUUAAUAAAAGUUACAGCUUCCA